GAUCCUACCCCCCCCCCCCACAAGGGGAUACUUGUACAGCGGUUUAGCUGGCCUCCAAUACUUGAGUAUAGACUACAGAAACAGGGAUUCAUACAAUCCUCCCCCAUUCUUUGACCACAAAGCACCCAUCCCCGGACCAAAAUAGAACCCCCCACCAGCCAUUUGAGGACCGGGUUUUGGCCCACCUCCUCCCAAACAACUUUACCCUGUUCUGCCAAGAUAUACCCAUUCCAUUUCACCUGGCGUUUCGUCGACGUUGCUGAUAACCUUCUUCCUUUCUCCCUCUCGCCCUCACUUGUUGGCUGCUCAGGACACGGUGCGGUGAUUCGGUAUGUCGUCGCCCCAGAACCGUCUCAAAAAGAUUGCGGGUCACUUCUCCCCGGAUCGGCCCGUGAAUAGAGCUGAGCUGUCGCCGACUUAUUUCUUGCCUAGAGCUGCGGCGAUCGAGCCGAAUGUCGAGGCGAUUGUCCACCUUACUGCCAACGGCAAGACCGUUGGAAGGACGUACCAGCAGUUUGCGGACCGUGCCAGGGGAUUGGGAUACUAUCUGCGUGCGAAGGGGUAUAAGCGUGUCGGGAUUUUGUCCCCAAAUACACCAGCGUUCCUCGAGAGUAUCUUUGGAAUUGGGGGUGCCGGUGCGGUACAAGUUGCGAUCAACUAUCGCCUCAAGAGGGAUGAUAUCCACUACAUUUUCGACCAUGCGGAGGUCGACUCCAUAAUUGUUGAUCGGGAGUACGUCCAUUUACUCAAUGGGUUCAAACCUGAAAUCCCUAAGAUCGUCGAUGAGGACAGCGGUAAUGACUUGGAAGGGGAUUUUAACAAGGCUGUUCUUGAGGGGCUGGAAAUUGACCGUCGGAGUGGGGGCCGUGGGUGGGAGGGGCUUGCUAUGGAGGCUGGGAGCGAGGAUGAUAUGAUUGCUUUGGCGUAUACCUCUGGAACUACUGCCCGACCAAAGGGUGUAGAGUAUACCCAUCGUGGGGCGUACCUUGGCGCCCUGGGGAAUGUUGUUGAGUCGGGACUUAAUGGCGGAUCUGUGAUGCCUACGGGGAGGGCUAAAUACCUGACCAUCCUCCCGCUUUUCCAUGCGUGCGGGUGGACCUUCCCAUGGGCCGUUGUUAGUGCCCGAGCGACACAUUACUGCCUUCGUAAAAUCGACUACCACGACAUGUGGCGUCUCCUGAAAGAUGAAGGGAUCACGCAUUUCAAUGCAGCUCCUACUGUUAAUACCCUUCUGUGCGCAUCCCCGAAGGCAGUUCGCUUGCCGCAUGAAGUGCGGGUUACUGUUGCUGCUUCCCCGCCAACGGCUAAGCUAUUUGAGGAUAUGAUAAAUCUUAACUUGGUACCCGUACAUGUUUACGGUUUGGUAAGACUUUACGGCCCAAUCACAAAAGGCUAUUUCCUCCCAGAAUGGCACAGCCUUCCCGCAGCAGAUAUGUACAAGAUGAUGGCUCGCCAAGGCCAUGGCUUCAUAACCAGCAAAAUGAUCCGCGUGAUAAAAACCACCAACGACAUCUCCAAAACCGGCGUUCAAGACGUAGCCAGGAACGGCCAAGAAAUCGGUGAAGUUGCCUUCACCGGGAACAUCUGCUGCCGGGGGUACUACAAGGACCCGGAAGCCACGGCAAAACUAUUCGAAGGCGGCGUCCUCCACUCAGGCGACCUGGCUGUCUGGCACCCUGACGGAGCCAUCCAGAUCCUCGACAGGAGCAAGGACAUAAUCAUCUCCGGUGGCGAGAACAUUAGCAGCCUGAGCCUCGAGAGCAUGCUCGUGCACCAUCCCGAUAUCCUUGAGUGCGGGGUUGUUGCUGUGCCCGACGCACAGUACGGUGAGAGGCCCAUGGCCUUCGUCACGAGUAGGAAUCCGGAGCUGAAGGGCACUGACGUAAUUACCUGGGCGAAGAAGGAUAGCCAGAUCUCGGGAUUUAUGGUACCCAGAGAAGUUGAGAUCGUCAAGGAAUUGCCAAAGACCGAGACGGGCAAGGUUAAAAAGAACGUGCUCAGAGAGUGGAGUAAGGGGAAUAGAUCUGCGCAUUGAGGCACCAUGCCCACCCUGUUGGUAGUUUUUGUUUGGUGUGGUGGUGCUGCGGUACUUGCUGUGUAUUUGUUUUGAGCGUCCAUUGUUCAUUUUGCAUAAUUGUUUUUAUAAAAUACCAGAUUGAUAGUUGAGCUGUAGACUUUCUUUUUUUUUUUAGUAUUUUUUAUAAUUAUUAUUGUUAUUAUCCCUUGGA